CGAGAACUUAAUACGCCCCAAUAAAAUACUGUACUACUCCACCACAGUCCACAGACGGCCUCACGCCCUCACCCCAUUUGUUCAGCAGCACAUCGAUCGCUCAUUCGCUCCCUUCCAGGGGAGCACGCGUCGAUCGGUUGAAGGCGCCAUGGCUAGUAGAGGAAGUGGAAGUGGAAGCGGAAAAGGAAAAGGAAAAAAAGCAAGUGGAGGUACAAGAGGAAAAGGAAGAAUGCCACUAGAUGGAGAAAUCACUGAAAGAAUUAGCACGCUGCGCAUGGCAAAUACUCCACGCACUGAACGUCUUAGAAGAAAUUUGGCAUCACUAGUGUUACGCCAGGCGCUUCAGGGUGUAUAUUCGGAAAUUCUCGGCGGGUAUAUCCAAUCAUAUGAGUUGGACUAUCAGGAUCAGGAUGGAUGCUCGUUUGUUCAAGGUAGAAUUUUUAUGGAGUCACCACGAAGUGGAGAAGAAGGGUUCAUUCAACAUGAUGCAACAUUUGUUGUCAUGGAUGAAGAUUAUGAAACUGGAAGGAUUAUGGCCCAAAAGAUCUAUGAUACCACUAUCAAGUUUCAUGGAUACAACGAUGUCAUUGCAGAUAUCUAUCUAGUUGCCUACUGUGAAACACUUGGUAAAUGGGUUAUUGGAUAUGAGCCUUUUUGCCAGUACUGGCUUGAAAGUACCCUUGCACCAUUUUAUGAGAGUGAUACUACAAUUUCAGCAUACUGGAGAGAUAAAAUCAGGGAAAUGACUGAAAGCAUAUCAUAUUUAUGCACAAGAAAAGUGAGUCAUGGUGGAUUAGCAAAUCGAGAGAGUUAUGUGCUUGACUUGGACUCAAAAUUAAAAUUGAUUAAUGUGGCAAGGUAUUCAACUGAUGGUAGCACAACUCGUGACGAUGUCGUGGACUUCUUUGACCUUUUAUGCACGGAAGACAGGAUUAAUGCUUCAGGGAAUGGAAAUGUGGAGUGGGAAGGAUUUGACUACUUGAUCAAGUCUAAUUCGAUGUAUAACACCAGGUUCGGCGAGUGGAAACAAGCAAAUAUUGAACCACCCAAUUUUGAAAGACCAUUCAGCUGAGAAACUGGCAUGUUAUUUAAGUAUUCAUAAGAAUGCCCAGGGAAUGAAUCGAGCAUCGUUGACAAAUUUUUCCAAUGCACUGCUCUGUAAAAUACCUGAUUACGCUGGGUAUACCAGCUUGGAAGAGUAUGUCAUGAAGUCCUGUGGCUGUGACUUGUGUUAUGACACUGUUGCCUGUGUCACCCCUCCCCGCAGAGUUUACAUUGACAUAAUCUAUUUCAUAAGGCAUCUGGUUGAACAUGCUGGUGACAGAAAAUACAAUAAGACUAUGUUGCAUUGGACUGCUGACGCAAUAUUUGACAAGAUAUGUGGGAUGUUUCCUGGCUUUAUGAGCAUGGCCUACUCGGUUCAAGCAGUGAACCCACGGUAUUGGUCUAACAACCCGGAGUGGACUAAACUCUUCCGUGAGGCGGAGGAGAACGGCAUUGAACUUCCAGAUGAUUCCUACUAGUGCUCUUGCUGAUCCGAGGACAGAUCGAUGGUAGCAGCCAACUUGAAGUCGGUACGUAUCAACAAUGUUUGGAAGAGGGUCCCCAAAGUUCAAUUUAAUCCAAGCUGCAGCUGUCCAAAGAAAGCCAUCUCCAAAGAUUUCAAGACAUCAAAAGAAAAAGACAUCGCCAAAAGCAGUACUUGAUUGUUCAAGAGCUAGUUGGAAUGCAUGACUUGAAAAAGCUUUGGUUGACCUACUACAUGAUCACAACAACGACUGCUAUAGGAGUCAGAAUGGGUGGUCCACAGAAGCAUGGAACUGAAUAGUCAAAUCCUUCCAUGAGAAGUUCCCCUAUGUCAAUUUUACAAAGGUUCAAAUUCAAGACAAAGAGAGAGAGAGAGUUGAAGAGGGAAUAUAGAGUUCUAAAAGAAGCGAGAAAACAAAGUGGUGUGUCCUGAGAUGAUAAGCUGUGCAUGAUUGAAGGAGAUGAAGCUGUUUGGAAUAACAUUAUUAUUUCUCAUCCUAAGGCCAAAAAAAUUCCGGAAUAAAUCUUUCCCAUUGUUUGAGGCUUUAGGAGAGCUAUAUGAUGGACAUACUGCCGAGGGAACCAUGAACUUCACCUCUAUUGCCCCUUCCCAAGUUCCUAUCACACAGCCUUUUCAAGUACCUGUCACACAACCUUCUCAUAUUCCUCUCACACAGCCUUCUCAAACUUCUCAAGCUACUGUCACACAACAUUAUAUGGGAGAAGAUGAGAAUUUCCCUUUUGACUCUCAUGUACACAAUGCUGAAAGUGAUGAUGACGACCUGAGAAUAGUGGAACAGCCAAUUGCAAGUGAUGCCGCUACAAGGUCAAGAAUGGGAAAAAGAGUUGCAAGUGCAACAAACAAACAUGCUGGUACAAGUGACAAAACAGAAAAGGCAACACAAAGGCGUCGCCAGGAUGGGAAAGUUGUUGAGAUGAUGGGAAAAUUUCUGGAAUUUAAAGAGAAGCAAGCCGAGACUGAAAUUAUGCAGCAGGAAAGGGCAAGAAGUAAUGUGCAUGAGGAUGAGUUCCCGAUCCCAGUAUGCAUUGCUGUUGUGGACAGCGUGGAAGAUAUGUCGGACGAUGAGAAGGUCCUGGCUUAUGAUGUCUUCAAAGAUCCACAAAACAGGGCCAUUUUCAUGACUGCAAAAGACUCUACACGACUCAAGUGGUUAAGGAGGAAGAUUACAACUGCGUAAAUGUGGUACUGCUCCUUCUGUCUUGUUAUUGCCUCUAUGAAACUGAUGAAUAUAUUAAUUAGUACUACACUUUAGUCAUAUUAAACAGUUGGAUUUUGUUUGUUGUAUCACCUAAAACUUCAAUUCAGUGAUGCUCAGCAAAACUAUUUUUUGGGGGUAAAUGUUGAGCAGAUUGGCAGAUGAUACAUUUGUAGUUUUCACAUUGUAGCAUCACCUGAGAUGCAGGUGUAUUAUUUAUGCUAAAAAUGAUGCUCAUUAUGCCUUACAUAUUAUUCAUGCUCUUUUGUUUU